AUGGCUUCUUCAGGCCCGUUCCCUUUCCGUCCAGGUCCCAAUAGCGGGAUCCGGACGCCCACGCGACAAGGCUCGGUGGACUCGCGGAACGAGGUCCAUGUCCAGAUGAACCAUUACAUUGGCAUCGACGUCGGCACGGGCAGUGCCAGGGCCUGUAUCAUCAACGAGGCCGGGGACAUUGUUGGCCUGUCCUCGGAGAACAUUGGCCUCUGGCAACCUCAGACGGGAUACUAUGAACAAUCCACCACCGACAUCUGGCGCUGCAUCUGCCUGUCCGUCCACCGGGCCAUGACCCAAGGGAACAUCGACCCGCACUCGAUCCGAGGCAUCGGAUUCGACGCGACCUGCUCGCUGGCCGUCUUCACGCACGACACGGAUGAGCCCGUCUCGGUGACGGGGCCCAGCUUCGACUCGACACAAAACGACCACAACGUCGUCCUGUGGCUGGACCACCGCCCCGUCGACGAGACCAAAAAGAUCAACGCCACAAAGCACAACCUGCUCCGCUACGUCGGCGGCACCAUGUCCAUCGAGAUGGAGAUCCCAAAGGUCCUGUGGCUCAAGAACAACAUGCCCAAGGAGCUGUUUGACCGGUGCAAGUUCUACGACCUGACCGACGCCCUCGAGCACAUCGCCACGGGCAACGAAAAACGAAGCUUCUGCUCCGUCGUCUGCAAGCAGGGCUACGUGCCCGUGGGCGUCGACGGCAGCGUCAAGGGCUGGCAGGAGGACUUUUUGAAGGAGAUUGGCCUCGAGGAUCUGGCCGAGGACAAUUUCAAGAGAAUGGGCGGCGUCAACGGGGUGAACGGCGAAUACCUCUCCGCAGGCGAACUGGCCGGCCAUCUCUGUCCGCGCGCCGCUGCAGAUCUCGGCCUGCCCGCCGGCAUCGCGGUAGGCAGCGGCGUCAUCGACGCCUACGCAGGCUGGAUCGGCACCGUCGGCGCCAAAGUCCAACUCUCGCCGGACCACCUUUCCCAAGAAGCCCCUGCGAACGACCAGUCGCAGGCUUUUACUCGUCUGGCAGCCGUCGCAGGGACGUCCACCUGCCAUCUUGUGAUGAGCAAAGACCCCGUGUUCGUGCCGGGCGUGUGGGGGCCGUACAGGGACGCGGUGAUUCCGAACUAUUGGAUGGCCGAGGGCGGGCAAUCAGCUACGGGCGAGUUGCUCAAGCACGUGCUGGAGACGCACCCGGCGUACAACCAGGCGUUAUCGCGGGCCGAGUCGACCAACAGCAACGUCUACGACUUUCUGAACCAGCACCUGCUGGACAUGAAGGAGAAGGCGGACGCCCCGAGCGUGAGCUAUCUGGGCCGCCACUUCUUCUUCUACGGCGACCUGUUCGGCAACCGCUCGCCCAUCGCCGAUCCCACCAUGUCCGGCUCCGUCGUCGGCCUGUCCAGCGACAAAUCCCUCGACGGCCUGGCCUUGUAUUACUACGGCACCAUGGAGUUCAUUGCCCUGCAGACCCUGCAGAUCAUCUCGACCAUGAACAAGGCCGGCCACAAGAUCAACUCCAUCUUCAUGUCCGGAAGCCAGUGCCAGAACGACAUCCUCAUGUCGCUCAUCGCCACCGCCUGCGACAUGCCUGUCUUGAUCCCUCGCUACGUCCACGCCGCCGUGUGCCACGGCGCGGCCAUGUUGGGGGCCAAGGCCGCGAGUGCCGACGCAAAUGGCAAGACCGAGGAUCUGUGGAGUAUCAUGGACAGAAUGAGUAAGCCCGGCAAGGUGGUGCGGCCCAUCGAGGACAACAGCAUCAAACGGCUGCUGGACGUAAAGUAUAAGGUCUUCCUGGAGCAGUGCGAGAGACAGAGGGAAUUUAGAAGGAUGGUGGAUGAAGUUACGAAUGCUUCUUGA